UAAAUCCACUCCUCCCGCCCUCCCAUUGGUGGAGCACCCACAUAUAUCCGUCACUGUGCAUCACCAGGAGGAUGACAGCGGCCUGCAGCAGAGUCCCAAACACCGCCACACUGUGCGUAAACAUGUAUUUCAGCCACGACCCCGCUCCUUACCAGCUUUGCGCAAACAGAGAGCCCAUGUUCGAGAGCGAGGACUCGGGCUCCGUGGACGGGGAGCAGAUGACCGGGGAGCGCUCCCCGAGUUCACGGCCCUCCAGCCCGCUGUCCAUGAACUCGGACUCCAGCUGCACCAGCCCCGAGGCCAAGUCUGCGUCCACGCAGCAGAGGGUGAGGAGGCCCCUGAACGCCUUCAUCAUCUGGACCAAAGAGGAGCGCAGGCGGCUGGCACAGCUGAACCCAGACCUGGAGAACACGGAUCUGAGCAAGAUACUCGGUAAAACAUGGAAGGCCAUGUCCCUGGUUGAGAAGCGUCCGUACAUGCAGGAAGCAGAGCGUCUGAGAGUCCAGCACACCAUCGACUAUCCCAACUACAAGUACCGGCCCCGCAGGAGGAGGCAGCUGAAGAAGAGCUCAAAACCCCAGGGUGCAGAGGUUUCUCACCCAGGCUUCCCCGUGCCGUACAACCUCACCUACCUGCUCCAGAACCAGCAGCAAACCUACCCGAGCACGCCUGCUUUCCCAAACUCCCCGGCCAACUUCACCCCUCUGCGCAGCAGCUACUCAAACACUUCAGUUUUUCCAGACACAGCAGCAGCAGAUGAUUUUUCAAAUAAGCCUGUGGUGUACCCAAACCCUCCUGCAUACCCCGCAGAGCCUCAGGUGUAUUUUGGCAGUCAGCACGGGCACAUGCAGUACGGUUUCUCCAGCGCUGCAGGUCCUCAUGUGGAUCAGGGGGAGUCCAGCAGGGUUCAGGGGGGCCUGCUGUGCCCCGCAGGGCCCUCCCUGGAGUUUUACCUGGAGCAGGUUCAGCUGGACAUGCUGUACGAUCUGGACCGCAGCGAGUUUGAACAGUACCUGGGUCCAAGCUCUCACAGGCCGGAGUCAGUGGAUCCCAGCAGCUACCAUCAGCAGAGCAGCCACAGAGAGGGACGCUCAGUGUCAUGAAACUGCUAAAAAAAAACUGUGUAUUUAUUUAAAUUAUGUUAGUGAGUCAUUUGAUGUGCUGAAUGUGUAUAUUGUGCAUUUUGUUUCUUGACAAGUUGUGUUCUUUUGUGACUGCUGUAUUAUAAUAAAUAAUUAAUUCAACUUUCAAUGUUCAUGUUUUUAUUAACAAAAUAAAUGAGCAAAAAUGCAAGAUUUAAAAUAACAUUAUUUUUCAUAAACUGGGUGUUCAAAGGCCA